GUUGGUGCGAAGGCAAUAUGUCAGCUCAGCCAUGUGCAACGCUGUGGCUUGACAGGAGAGACGAGGGGUCGUGAGCGCGUGGGGGGGCUGCGACAGCCUUGUCCACCAUCGCGGAAAAUGGCCCACUGCCAGCCAGAGCUUACUGGCUGCGGUAUGGGGCUGGCCUCGGGACGAUGGAUCCUGACCAGACCAGACGACAGAUCACUGCUGCCCUCAUUGGCCGCCUUUGGCGUCAACUUGCACAAUCAGAGGGCGAACGAUACCCGCUUUUGAGCGUUUGUAUGCACAACGAGCGGCCUGGCCUGGGGUGGGCAGGAGGUCGAACUCGGUAUGCACAUCGCCAGGAUACGGGGGCGGUUGGCUUGGCCUGCCCAAGUAUGCUGUCUGGAGGCGGGCGGGAAGCAAGAGGAUGGAGGUGGCUGUCCUGACGAUCCGUGGCUUGCGUCUGCCACUGUGGCUCACUGCGCAGUCAAGGCCUCGCGGGUCCGAGUACCAGUCCCGGGUCGCCUCGGUUGUCGUGGUCGUGGUCGUAUUCUGUGGUUGCUGUAUUAAUUAGUCAAAUUGCA